CUUAAGGUAACAAGUUAAAAGUUUUUUCCGCUUCAUCUCAUCUUCCUUGUCUUACUAGUUGGAGAGCGGAAGGAUGAAUCCACGCUGCUAUUGGUUGGCUUCAUCUGCCUUACCCUAACGUGAGGACCCUUGACCUUUAACCCAAGGUGGCGGCGCCAGGAGCCUUAGCUCUUGCUGUGGACCUGAGAUGAUCUAAGGCCGGGGACUCAGCCUCAUGUCGAAGCUAAGCCGGGCCACUCGGGCACUCAGGAAGCCCGAGGCCGGCGGCGUGAUCCGGACCAUCGUGCGGGCAGGCCAGGCCAUGCCCGGGCCCCCACUAGGCCCCGUCCUGGGUCAGCGAGGCGUUUCCAUCAACCAGUUCUGUAAGGAGUUCAACGAGAAGACCAAGGACAUCAAAGAAGGCAUUCCUCUGCCUACCAAGAUUUUUGUGAAGCCUGACAGGACAUUUGAAAUCAAAAUUGGCCAACCCACUGUUUCCUACUUCCUGAAGGCAGCUGCUGGGAUUGAGAAGGGGGCCUGGCACACAGCCUCAGUUCAGAAGAGCUGGCAGCUUUCCAGAAGGAGCGAGCCCUGUUCCUGGCUGCUCAGAGAGAGGCAGACUUGGCAGCCCAGGCAGAAGCUGCCAAGAAGUGACCCCUGCCCCCCACCCUCCAGGAUUUUGAAGGGGCCAGUUGGGAAGGCGGGGCCAGCGGGGAGGAAGGGAGGUCACAUCAACCUGAUUAUAUUUUUCUGACUUUAAAUUAUGUAUGCAUGUGUGGUUAUAUCAAAAGGAUCAAAUGUGAAUAAACAUCUUUUGUCACCCACUCUCAGUUUCUGCCUUGGGACCCCAGAGAAGGGGACCUCAUCCACGCAGAGCGACUGCCCAGGAUCUGAAUUGGCAGGGGUAGCAGAAAAUCCUGUGUUUUCCCAUUUUCCAGGGGUGAGAGAAAGGGCAAGGUAGGUGGGGGCAUGGCUGCUGGACUUGGGUGUACAGAGGCAACAGAUGUUGUUUCUGCUUCCAUCAGAAAUGCCUCCUAUCUCUUGGGGACUUGCCACCUCAACAGAGACAGAACCCUUUGGGGACUUCAGGUCACAGCCCCAAGCAGGGUUGCUACAUGGAGUGCCCUGGCUCCCAAGGGCUACUUCAGGCCCCUCUAUUAAGCUGACCCUGGCUCUGAGUCAGGUGAUAUCUGAAUGUGAAUUAUUGUGGGGUUUAUGGCUACAGACCCAUGGAAGAAGCAAAGCAUCGGUAGGUACCUGCCCAUGGUGGGAGGAGUCCUUGGGAAGCCCUGGCCUUUUGUUUUCCCAUUAGUCAUAAUAUCAAGGACUAUUGUCCCCUCAGAGAAAAGAGGAGGAGUUGGGGGGAAAAUGGGAUUCACAUUUACUAAGCACCUGUUGUGUGCUAGGUACUUGGUUUUACACCGAGAAGAUUUGGAAAGCAUAGGAAAAACCCUACAAGAAAAGAAAAGCCUCAAGUAAUCCCCUCACCUAGAUGAGAUUCCUGGCAAUAUUGUGGUAUAUAUCUUUUCUGCUUGUUUUUUUUUCUUUGUGUUUAUAUAUAAUACUUUAAGAAUAAAACAAAUUUGGGUCAUACUCUA